CAAUCCCCUCCCAAUCAUGUGAUUCAGGUGCUCCAAUCCCCUCCCAAUCAUGUGAUUCAGGUGCUCCAAUCCCCUCCAUGGACACAGGUGUUUACAAUCACGCCCCUAGGUAUGCAGACGGCUUCUGCAAACAUUGGUGAAAGAAUGGGUCGCUCUCAGGAGCUCAGUGACUCCAAGCGUGGUCCCGUGAUAGGUGGCCACCUGGGCAAUAAGUCCAUCCGGGACAUUUCCUGGCUACUAAAUAUUCCACGCUCAACUGUUAGUGGGAUUAUAACAAAGUGGAAGCCACUGGGAACAGCCACUCAGCCA